CUAUCCUCGACCUCAAUGCUCGAUGACACCGCUGAAUGCAGCAAAAAUGAAGUUGGAUGUAGUUGCAUAAACAAUUUACCGUCCCCUGAAGUUUGCAGUUCAAAUGAUUUUCCGGCUGCACUAGAUCUGUCCCUGAAAUCGAGUGAAGGUCAAUCAAUCAGAUCCCCAGAUGCAACUGUCCAGGGGGAUAAAUCCGGAUCAUUUUCGCAGUGUUGGAUACAGGAUUUCGCCUCGAAACAGAAGUCUAGCAGGAUAACAAUGCAAAUCCUUGAGCAACCGGUUCCUCCGUCGCAACCGUUAUGGACAUUUCCCCCAGUUAUACCAACCCCAGACCAACUUCUGCGUUUCCCCAGUCGCAUAGAUAUUCCACUUUCAAACUGUCUACCUCAUGAACCUGGAGUGCAUAGCUUUAAGCGGGAGCCUGACAAUUACUCUUCAAUCAAUCCGUAUGCCAACCCAGUUCAACUGACUUCUGCGAUCAUUUCACCUACCCAUACUUCCGAAAUCUGUAUGGUACCUCUUUCCCUGGAAGCUUCCUCGCCAAAUGACACACUCAGACUUCCACAAAACGGGUCCAUGCAAUCACAUUCGAAAAUUACUCCUUCAACCGCUGACGUACACGGACAUGCUCCUUUAAAUUACGAGAAGGGUGCUUUUCGGUCUGGUGUACAUCAGACUAGCAAUAUCAUCACCUGUCCCCAAAGUCCAACCCAAUGCUCAAAACCAAGACAGUACCGAAAGGCACGCGCUUACUUUCAGCCUCAACAUAUGCAGUGUUUAGAGGAGUUCUUCCGGCGCAAUCCGUAUUUAUGUACGAGAGAUAGGGAGAUGCUUGCAGAGAAGCUGAAUCUCUCUGAAGCUAGAAUCCGGACUUGGUUUCAAAAUCGUCGCAUGCGAGAGAAGCGCAACCCCAACAGGUUCCGACUGCUCCAAUAGUCCGUGGAACAGUCAGCAAUUGCUGGCUACACCGAAUAACCGGAUGACACGUGUGAACAACACUGAUGUGAU